UUAAGCUGGGCUGACAGGAAAGAAGUGUGGCAAGUUAUGAUAGAAAAUGAUAAUAAUUUCAAGCGCAGCCCAGAUUGCUUUGAUCGACAUCCAAAUCUUGUUCCAAACAUGAGAGGCAUCCUUUUAGACUGGAUGAUGGAGGUGUGUGAAUCGUUUAAGAUGCAAAGAGAAACAUUUUACAUGGCCAUGGAUUACUUAGACAGAUACUUAUCACUUAGCGAUAACAUUCUCAAGCAAAAACUACAGUUAAUUGGUACAACCUGUUUAUUCAUUGCUGCAAAAAUUGAGGAAAUCCAGCCGCCACAGGUAUCAGAAUUUGCGUAUGUUACCGAUAGUGCGUGCAGUGAAGAUGAUAUAAUCAAAUUAGAGCUUCAACUACUUCAGACACUGGAAUUCCAGCUCUCACCAGUUACGGUAACAUCCUGGCUGAAUGUCUAUGUGCAACUAUUUAAUAUCAAAUUAUCAUCGCAAGAGCCUGUUGGUGACAUGCUAUAUCCAACUUAUUGUGGUGAUCUAUACAUGAAAGCAAUUCGAUUGAUAGAUUUAUGCAUACUAGAUUCUUGGUGCCUCAUGCACUCCUAUAGAAGUAUCGCUGCUUCUGCCUUCUAUUUAAUUGCUCCAUCCAAGCAAUUAGCUAUUGAUUGCACUGGGUAUUUAUGGGAAAAUCUCACUAGCUGUAUAUCCUGGAUGAUGCCUAAAUACGAAACUGUAAAGAAAUACUGUACUUCCUAUGAAAUCCAAACUAUUAACAAUAUUCCAAAGCUUGACCUGCAUAGGAUUCAGACUCAUCACGUUGAUCUUACGUUGCUG